AUGACCCGCAGAGACGAAUUGGCUAGCCAGCAUGAGCCAUUUGGGGACGCAUACUACUUUGGCCCAGAAUGCGUCAGUGAGCGUUUCAAGGACGACCCUGCUCGCCGCGAAGAAAGUGGUGUAUCGGAUGCCACGUUCAAGAGCGUACUAGAAGGAUUUGACGAGGUGGCAAGACAGGGCAAACGCGUCUUCAUCAAGGACAUGGCCUACUAUCUAUUCCCCGCCCCCGGUGAGAAGGCCCAAAUCGCAGCAUCUCUCGGCGGCGGCGAAGAACCAAAUAACCCAACCGUCAUCCCAUUUGAUUUGCUCAAACAGUUUCACUUCACAUUUCUCAUUCGACAUCCCCGUCGCUCUGUUCCCUCCUACUGGCGAUGCUGUAUCCCGCCGCUGAGAGAAGUCAGUGGCUUUGAUUACUUCUUGCCCAGUGAGAUGGGAUACGAGGAGCUUGUUAAAUUUUUGGACUGGGCCAUCGAAAGGGGUCUCGUUGACAAGGAUCGGUUGACAGUUGUUGAUGCGGACGACCUGCUUGAUAACCCUGAGGCUAUGAUCCGCAAGUACUGCGAGAGAACAGGUCUCGCGUUUGACCCGAGCAUGCUGAAGUGGAACGAUGCUGAUCAGGAGCAUGCUCAGAAGCUGUUUGCGAAGUGGAAUGGCUUUCAUGAUGAUGCCCUCAGUAACAGGGAACUUAAGGGUAGAACCCACGCCCAGAAAACACUGACUGUUGAGGCCGAAAACAAGGACUGGGAAGCCAAAUACGGCAAGGAGGCCCAAAAGAUCAUCCGCGAGACUGUUGAUGCUAAUACUCCCCUUUAUGAGUACCUGAAACAAUAUUGCAUCAAGGUAUAA